GAGAGAGACAUACGGUUAUUUGGAAGGGGUUUGUAUACGGUGUCGCCGUACAGCCGUAGCUAAUAUAGUAUCUCGUUUGGGAAAGUAUAUAAGUUUUGUUUUCUCCAUUCUGCUGGAAGAUCUAUUCGGAUUCUGGAUUUCAUUCUACAUUCAUUAAGACUGCGAAGAUAUCGAGAUCGCAAACAGAGAUACUUUUUGAGAACUCAUUUGAAGAAUUACUCAAGAACUUCUAUCUAUCAACUACGACAUCUCAUCGACGAAAACACUCUUAAGAAACUUCUAGAUCUCCUACCGCGCACGCAUACAUCAAGAAUCUAAAACAUCACUUGAGAAUCGAUAAAGAAAACACCACCUACAACAUCUUCCCAGAUGUCAUUUCUCAACCACACCACGACCAAUCCGGAAACCCAACAACAAAAUCCCCAGAUGUCUCGCGAACAGAAGAAUACUUCCGAACCAUGGAUUCCCGGAUCCUCAACCCCAAACCCUCGAUCCCCAAGAUCAAAACUCAAUUUCAAACUCCACAACCCGCCUCCUCAACCAUCCUCCUCAUCCUCCUCCUCGAAAUCUUCGCCUUCCUCGCGCUUAUACUCCAGCGCCCCCAGCUCUCCCAUCCGCACGGCUCCAACUACUCCCCCCUCAAACCUCACCUCCAAGAUGCGCAAUUUAUGGAAUACCUCGCAUAGCAAAUCCUUCCUCUCGAAUCUCAACAUGGGUCUCGGUACCAAUUUCCCCCUGAAGAAUCUACAUCUCCACUCGAAGAAAAAUGUGCCUGUCAUAUAUGCAGGUGCAGAUGAUCUUUUUGGGAGAGGUGAGUAUGAUGAUUACAUCAACCAUACCAACUACUCCGACAAAUCCAAGCAUAGCCCAACAGCAAUGCCCAUCCCCAAAUUAUCCAGUCCCAAUGGCAAACCGGCGAAGUCUUUAGUUUCUUAUAGGGGAAAUAAUCGGGUUGCAAGCGAUGCAGAUGCGAAUCCGCUUUCGGGGCCGUCGACUCAACAUGCGGAAUAUCUUAUUUCGAGGGUUGAGGGUCAGUUUAUGGACCUGGAAUCACCUUUUGGGGAGGGAGAGGAUGCUGGAAUGGAUGAUUUUUUGGGUCCUAGAGGUGGAGGACUGUCGUUUGGGUUUGGGGUUGAGAAUGGGAGAUAUGGUGAUGAGCAGAUGAAUGGGGUUGAUGAGGAUGAUGAAAGCGCGGGGGAUAGACUUCAUGAGGAUAUGAAGAGCAGAAGAGGAAAAGGAAGCGGCAAGAUGGUUCAGAAGAAGCAGACUCCGAAGACGUGGAAAUCUAUUCAUCAAUCUUGCAAGGAAAUGUUGGAUAGUAUGCAUCUUUCGAAAUGCGAUGGGGAAAUCACCAAAGCCACGGGACAGGAGAAUGGGAAUCGAUUUGUAGAUGCGGGCGGUUAUAUGGGUAUGGAUAUGGAUAUGGCUGUCGAUAUCGAGGAUGAAACCGAAAACGACAAUGCGGAGAAAUACGAUGAGAGCGAUGUAUUUACCGACGCACACUCUAGUCCUAGCAGCGGUAAAUAUUGGGAACAAAAUCAACCUUAUCAAAGAUUGAUUCAUACCGAAUCUCAGGACUCAAUGGUAGAGAUCUACACCUCUUCAGCAAUUUCCACAUCUCCUUCCUGCUCCACCUCUUCCCUCGAAAAGCACGAACAAGCACAAGCACAAGCACAAGCGAAGCGCGAAACAGAAAUCGAAGACGAACUCAAUGAAUCCCCUGGAACCCCCAGAAAACCGCUCCGAGAAAGCGAUUUCGCAUACAUGCACAUGCAACCUAAGCGCAAGACUCCGCUCGCUGGCGAAAUCGAUAACCCUAACACUACUGGAGACAGUGAGAAUGCGAAUACAGAUCGAUAUAGCUAUCCCAACAACGCAAACGACGACCAGGAUAACGACGACGCGCGAUCCUCGCUCGACAUGGAAGAUUCCCUCUACGACGAUGUCGAGAAACCCAUAUUACGCAUGGCGCAGGCAGCAGCUCGGUAUCCGGAUUUCGCAACCAUGAUGGAUACAAGUAUGUACACAGAUCCGUACAAGGAUAUACAGAGCCAAGCCGCACUCUCUGGGUCGAGACAAAGUCUUGAAUUUGAUGCCGAUGCGGCAUUAGAGGCUUCGCUUUCGUCGCUGGCGCGUCUCCAGUUUGAGUAUCAGCAUCGAUGUUCUGAGGGGGCGCGAGGGGAGGUGAUGAUUUAGUAGGGGGGUUUUUGAUCUGUAGUAUUUUUGAUCCCCUGGAAGAAGAUUCUUCGGGGUGAAUCUAGAGACCUACUACUACUUAUUUUUGCUUCGUCUUCGCUUUUGCUUCCCCCCCGUUUUGUUUCUUUGGAUAUCGAUCGAUGCGAUGCGUUAUGAUGGGGGACGAGGACUUUUGUAUUCGUGGAUGAAAUUGGGGGCUUAGGGGUUUAAGGGAGUGUGAUAUGAUGACAUGACAUAAUGAGAUAACAAGGAAGAUGUACUAAAAUCACAUCACACACACACACCUUCUCACGAUCUCAGAUCCCCCCUCUCUCAAGAGAACAAGACAAGACAAAACAAAACAAAACAAACGCCCCAGUACCCAGUACCCAGUACCCAGUACACGAAGCGAGAUCUCCGCAUUGAUUUCCAGAAAUCCCCUUAAAAGGAAGGAACACAUCACAUCAUAUCAUAGCAUAUGAAUACAAACAUGAGAGAGAGCAUGAAGAGUACAUACAUUCAUUAUAUUAUCUUAUAUGAUAGUUAUUGGGAGUUUUUUUAUAUUUUUUAUUUUUUUUAUUUAAAAAAAAAAGGCAAACAAGGGACUUGUAGAUAGAUACAUAGAUAC